UCUUUAUGUUGUAUUCUUGUGUUUGCUUCACAGCUUUGAACGCGGGCUGUGCAAAUCAAGCGCUCAAGCUCAAGCUCGGCUUUUUGACCUUCAUCAUUGCAUCUGGUGUUUUUCUAUCAUGCGAGUCCAUAUCCUUCUCCGGUUCAAUAUAUGCCUUGGUCUCUGUUCCCUCACGCUGCACGUUGCUCAAGGUCGCACCAGAUUUUUGUUAUGGCGGCCGAGAUCUCACUUAGGGUCUCCUCCAUCUUUACACAGACCGUCCUUGUUGCCAGCCCACCUUUUCAGUGUCAUAUAUGUCCAAUUUAUGUCCUUUCAGAGAAUCACUCUAUGUAGGACAUUUCGUUCUGGUCUAGAGACCCUGUGUCUCGGUCGCAUCUCAACCCGCGCGAUGCCCUGGUGUGUUUGGGUCUAAGAAAAUACUCAUGCUUGCAUCGGUGCGUGGUUAUAAUGCUCAUACUGCAGCUCAUCCGGGCAAGGAGAAUU